UUCAGAGGUUACACUACAACGAAAAGUUGUCGUGGAGGCUAGGCUAGCUACUUUGGUUAGCUAACAGACAAUGGCAAAACAUCAUCCAGACUUGAUCUUCUGUAGGAAACAAGCCGGUGUCGCCAUUGGAAGACUUUGUGAGAAAUGUGAUGGCAAAUGCGUCAUCUGUGAUUCUUAUGUCCGGCCCUGCACACUAGUACGUAUAUGCGAUGAAUGUAACUAUGGAUCCUACCAAGGACGUUGUGUGAUAUGCGGAGGCCCAGGUGUGUCGGAUGCUUAUUACUGCAAGGAAUGCACCAUACAGGAAAAAGAUCGAGAUGGAUGCCCCAAGAUUGUGAACCUUGGUAGCUCGAAGACUGACCUCUUUUAUGAGAGAAAAAAAUAUGGCUUUAAAAAGAGGUGAAGUCUUGAAGCAAUAUUGAAGAUAACCCUUCAUAUGUGGUUUCAACAGUUUUGUUUUUUUUCUGUAGAAGAUUUUUUUGUACUGCUUUACCAAUGUAAUUAAUAAAAUUUUGUUUUUA